GGCUGCGGGCUGCCGCUCAGCCGGGCGUGUCUCGUCUGACGGUCUGGGGUGGUGUACACUGCCGCGACACAGACGAAGCAAAGGCUGGUGUCGGAACGAGUGGGACGAGAGCGGGCGACGUUGGCGUGCUCCGGUAUGCGACGGUGUGGUGUAUAAGAAGCUGUGCGCCGUGUGUUAGUGGGACUGCUCGGUGGAGCAAACGACUGAAAAACGGCUCAGGGCUGAUUUGAAGUGCCGCUACGCCGAACUCCACAAAUACCCAGCGCCAGGUUUCUCUGCAAGACCAGCUCGUGUACAUACUUUCCUUGCAUGAAAAUCAGGGAUUUAGACCUUCAACUUCGCAGGGCCCCGAGCUCUACCGCAUCAUCAGUGUAUCAGACAGCCAUCGGCAUGGCUGAGGGUGACGACCAAAUGGGCAGUCGGCGGGACAUCAAGCUGGUCGUCGUCGGUGACGGCACGGUCGGUAAGACGUGCCUCUGUUACACGUACAAACAGGGCAGCUUCCCUGACGACGACGCCCACCGGCCGACCAUCUUCGACAACUCGUACAUCGACCUCUCGUUGGACGGCCACCACCUGAACCUCAACGUCUGGGACACCGCUGGCCAGGAGGAGUUCGAGCGACUCCGGCCGCUCAUGUACCCCAAAACGGACGUCUUCCUGCUCUGCUACGCUAUCGACAACGUCACUUCCUUCAACAACAUCAUGAUCAAGUGGGCACCGGAACUGCGCAAACAUUGUCCGAACGCUCGGAUCAUGUUAGUGGCUACCAAGGCCGACUGCCGCGGCAGCGAUCCUCAGACGAACGUGGAGCGCGCUCGAGGGCGCAAGCUCGCUGUUGGGAAGCUGAAGGCGGAUGGGUUUAUCGAGUGUUCGGCGCGCACCGGCGAGGGUGUGGCGGAGGCGUUCGAGACCGCUGUGAGGACGGUUCUGUACGGGCCACAGCUGGGCUCGGAGGGGUGCGUCUGUACGCUGGUUUGAGGUGCUAGGGGUCUGGGUGCACUCUCCGCGCGGUGAUGUCGUUUGUGAUUUGUCAUGUGUGCGACGCCGUGAUUUAGUGUGAGUGUUCGGUGCGUGUUGAUCAUGGAAUGUCAUUCAUGUGGAGAGGGCGACUCUAUUGUGUGCUCUGUGUUCGUGAAAGAUAAUUACUUAUGCAUUGGAGCAUAGGCCGAUGCUUCAAGCAAUGCAUCGAAUUUCCUGCAUUGUCAUGCGAAUGAAAGUCUUCUGCUGUAGGUAAUGUACCUACCUAAUAAGGACAUGUAAAAAAUAAGAGAGUAAUAUUCAAAAUAUACCACACGAGGUUGGU